GACAUACGCCAGCGAAAGAGACGCAAUGGGAGUCUGACCAUAGAACUCUGAGAGAGAGAGAGAGAGAGAGAGAGAGAGAGACUUACCGGGAAAGUGACACACCUUGCCGGAGAAUGACACCAGGCGUCCUCCCGGGUAUCGCAGACAACCAGAGUCUGGAGAAACAGAUAGAGAAGCAGAUGGGCUGCAUGGCCGGAUUCCUUCAGCUCUUUGAUCGCCAUCAGAUUCUCGCCGGAAAACGUCUCUAUUCCACCAAACGACUUCCGCCCUCUUCGGCCGUCGACUCUGCAUCGGAGAAAUCCAUCGGCUCUCCUGCAUUCUCCAGCGAGCUGCAACCGCACCAACAAAAAUCCCUGCCUUCGAUGGAAUUUACAAAACCUGCCAUUGGAGCUGCAGCUCGUGAGCAAAAGCGAUCUCCCUCACCUGAGAUCCGAUCUCCAUCCCCGGAAACCCCACCACCGGCUGACGUUCCGGCGAGGAUGCCGCUUCCUCUUCCAGUCUUCGAAUACAAGGAGGGUAUGAGAGCUUCCUGGAAGCUGAGAGAAGCUCCCCGGCUUUCGCUUGACAGCCGGGCGAUCGUCGAUGGGAAGGGAAGCUUCUAUCCGAGAGAGAUCCGGACGAUGACUGCGCAAUCAGCGGCCACGAUCGAGGAGGAGAACAAUGACAAGCAGCGGCGGUCUCCGAGCGUUGUCGCUAGGCUAAUGGGACUGGACGCAUUGCCUGAUUCUGGCCGCGAGCCUUUGAAGAAGGCUGAGCUGCGUCGAUCGGCUUCGGAAUCGAGAGCAUCGAGAGAUCUGAUGCAGUAUCGAUUCAUCGACGGCAAUGCCUUCCCGAUGAAGCAAACAUCAAUGCCGCAGCUGAAUUCUGGAGUCGGCCGCCGCAAUGUGAUACAAGAAAACGGAGUUCCUGAAGAGAGAUCGAAAUCUCUCGGGGCUGUGGAUUCGAAAUGCGGGGGGCCAAAGGCGACGCCGUGGAAUUUGAAGAAGAGCUUCGAUUCGCAGGAUUUCUUCCCGGAGCCGAAACGGACAUCAUCUAUAUACACAGAGAUCGGGAAGCGGUUGAAGAUGCGGGGGAUUGACGAGCCGGCCAACGAUCUCGAGACAUUGAAGCAGAUCCUGGAAGCCCUGCAGCUGAAAGGUCUUCUACAUUCAAAGAAAUCAGACGACCUGCAGAUCGGUUCCGGACGGCGGAAUUUCAUCUACGAUCAUCAUCACCGUCAAUUCAAAGAAUCACCAAUUGUGGUGAUGAGACCGAGAUCACCGAUGCAGCCAGUUAGAAAAGGAAACGAAUCACCACCGUCAAUUUCCAGACCAAAACCUGCAAUCAGGCGGAAUCUCGUCACAGAAACGGCUCCUCCACCGUUAAGGCCGAGGCGAGACCGGGCGGACAUCGAACGGACUCUUCAGAACGAAAGGAGAAACAGAAUCGUGAGAAAUGCCGAUGCUAACGAGAGCAUUGGUGCAAAGAGUCCGAGCUCUUUGGCGAGGAGAAGAGCUUUAAGUACCGAGACGCCGCAGAAGAGAGGCAAGGACGCUUCCGCUAAUUCUCCGAAGAUAAAUGUCAAGAAGAUCGGAUCGGAUCUGAGCAGAUCUCCUAGAAAUAGAAAACAGACUGCUGAAAUUUCUCCAAGAGAGAGGGUUUCAGCUGCUCUGAUGGAGUAUGAAUCAUCUACUGAAAGCAGUAUCAGCGCAUCUUCUCAAAUCGAAUCUGAGAGAACGAAGGGGGAGGAAUAUAAGGAAGGGAGGAGUCUUUUAGAGCGAUGCGAUAAGCUGCUGAAUAGCAUAGCUGAGAUUACGAACGCGGCCGAGCAGCAACCGAGCCCUGUUUCCGUGUUGGAUUCGUCUUUCUAUAAAGAAGACAGCUCUCCUUCGCCGGUCCUUAAGCGAUGUAUCGAUUUCAAAGACGAAAUUGCAGAACGUGAAGAGGACCCAUGGAGUCCUGCGAUCUCACCCGUCCGAUCGAAAUCCGAGGAAGGAUCCGACGACCAGGAUUUCCUCUACACCUCCGAGAUCCUCCGAUGCCACAACAGGGCUGCCUGCCAAGAUCUCGACCUCUUCGCCUUGCUGGAAAAGCAGUACUCCAAAACCAUUUCAUCCUCGAGAGCCUCGAGACUCCACCGGCGGCUCGUCUUCGACACUGUAACAGAGAUCCUCGACCGCAAGCGGCAGCUGCCGCCAUGGAAGGCCUUCUGUCAGUCGAGAUCUGUGGUCGUCGUGGUGGACAGUCCGGUGUUGUUGCGACAGGUAUGGUCGGAAUUGCAGAGAAUCCGAGAGAGGACGGUGGCGGAGGAUCUCUGCAACGUGAUCAAUGGCGUGGUGGAGAGGGAUAUGGCGGGAGAAGGGAUGGACGGAUGGGGUGAUCGGUCGGUGGAGAUGUCCGAGGUGGUGUUGGACAUCGAAAGGCUGAUAUUCAAGGAUCUGGUGGGGGAGACGAUUCGAGAUCUGGCCAGUUUUGCCGGGAAAUGCACGAUCCCGGCGCCUCGAAGGAAGUUGGUGUUUUGAAUCUUCCCGCGCUUGCUUUUUCUUUUUUAAUUUUAUUUUCUGGAGAAAGAGAAAAAAUCUCUCGUUAUUACGCGUUUUUUUUGCUGCUGUUGUCGCGAGAUUUUCCUGUACGCGAGAUAUCGAGGUUACUUGACGAGAAAAUACAUUUUAAGAUCUCGCGUCUGGUAUAGAUCAACGAGAAAUGCUCCAGUGCUCUCAGAGCACCUUAAGUUACA